AGUGUACUAGAUCUAGUACUACUAGAUUUAUUUAAGAUUAUUAUAGAUCUACAUUUAUAUCUACUCAUCUAGUCUAGACAGUCUAGUUACUAAUCUAGACUAGAGUGUAGUAUUGGUAUAUUUAUUUAUAUUAGUUAUUUAUAGAUCUAGAUUUAUUUAUUGUACGGCCUACGAAAGGCAUAAAAGGCAUAUGUACAGCUACACACUGACUGAUGACUAACAGUCAGGCGGUCACUAACACAGUUUUUCAGAAAACUUUUUAACUGAAUAUCUUAUACAAGUCAUUUGAAGACAGAUAAAAUAUGGCGUCUUGCCAUAAAGGAGAAGGAGAUGUUACAACAGAGCCAGAUGAUGCCAGUUCAACAAAUGAAGAAUACUUUCACAAUCCUGAAGAUUUCAUUGACAUUCAUGCUAAUGAGAAACCUGUCAAAUACACUGACAAUGAAUCUGUACAUAAAACAGACUGUCAACCGAAUUCAGAAUGCUCCCCACUAACUAAUUGCAGCUGGUCAUUAGAUAAAGAUUCAUGUUGUCCAAACUCAAAAUUUGUUGAGGAUUUAAAAACUCCUGUACAGGUCAGUGAAGACUCAGAUGUGUGUACAAACUUUGAGAAAAAAACACAUAUUGGGGAUGACAGUGAAGAAGAAUAUCAUUCCGCUGAAGAAAGUUGCAGCAGUGAUGACUUUGUGCCAGAGGAUGAUGACUGUGAUAACAAUGAUUUCCUUAAACAAACAAAUGCUGAUAGUGACAACACUGGUGAGAUUAAUGCCACAGAAUGUGAUGAAGAAAAUAGCUGCAGUGAAUCUGACAAAGAUGAAAAAGAAACUGAAAUUGUUGACGAUUUAGAGAUUAGGAAAAAGACUGAAGAGCUUUUGAGUGCAGAAGAAAUAUUAGAAAGAAAAAAUAAAAGUCAACAAUUGAAGGAUGAAGGGAAUAUUAAAUUUCGAAAUGCUUUAUAUGAUGAAGCCAUUAAAGACUAUACUGAAGCACUUGAUAUUUGCCCUCUUACAUUUCACAAAGAAAUAUCCAUCAUGUUUGCUAAUCGAGCUGCUUGCUACAUGAAAAAGGAAUUAUAUACAGAGGCUAUCAAGGACAGUACAAAGGCUAUUGAUUUACAUCCCCAUUAUUUAAAAGCUAUUCUUAGGAGAGCAGAGCUGUAUGAGAAAACAGACAAAUUAGAUGAAGCACUUCAAGACUACAAAAAAGUUGUUGAACUUGAUCCAUCACAGCAUAUGGCUAGAGCUGCCUGCAUGAAAUUGGCAGAACAGAUAAAGGACAGGAAUGAGAAGCUUAAGGAUGAAAUGAUAGGGAAGCUUAAGGACCUUGGAAAUCUUGUCUUACGUCCAUUUGGUUUGUCAGUCAACAACUUCAAUAUUCAACAAGACCCAAGCUCUGGCUCUUAUUCAGUUCAGUUUCAACAAAAUCAACCCAAUAAUGGCCGCUGAUUAUAAUGAAGAUGUUUUAUUUUUUUAAAGAAAGAAAAAUUAUUGAAAUAAAAGAAUUUGUUGAUAAAGUGAUUCAUUUGACUGCAGUCACGUGUGUUUUAUAGCAACGUUUGGUUCUGUAAGUUAUUUGACUGAUGUUGUGUGUUUAAUUACAACAUUUGGUGUCUGUAAGUUAUUUGACUGCUGUUAUGUGUGUUUUAUUACAAAAUUUGGUGUCGGUAAGUUAUUUGACUGAUGUUGUGUGUGUUUUAUUACAUUUGACAACUGUUUUAUUACAACAUUAUGUGUUUGUACGUUAUUUGUCUGCAGUAGUGUUUUAUUACAUUUGGUGUCUGUAAGUUACUUAACUGCUGUUGUGUUUUAUUUUUAUUGCAACAUUGGUGUCUGUUUUUUUGUUUUAUUACAUCAUUUAAUGUGUACAUCUGCAGUUGUGCUUUAUUACAAUAUUUGAAAGUUUGACUGCUGCUGUUUUUUAGCUACAUUUUGAUAUCAGUAUGAUAUUAACAUGGUGCUAUGGUUUUGACACAUUUUGACUUUUCUGUAAGCUACUUGCCUGAUGCCGUUUAUGUUUUAAUUUAUGGCUAUAUUUCAAUGUCAACAAACCAAGCAGUUCAUUUGAAUAUAAGUAAAGGUUUCCUGACAUUUAAAAAUAAAGCACAUAGCUCUAUUUAACAUCCAAUCCAAUCUUACUUGAACUAAAAUGUUAAUGUUCUAUUAUUUUAAAUUCAAAUAAAUAUAAUUCACUAAAGUCCUGACUUUAUUUUUCUAAACCACUCAGUUGAUCUUAAUGUUCUUGUCAUUGUAUGAAACAAUAGACAUUGUCCCCAAUAGUCUUCUUCAAGACCACUUUUUGCUGCCAAGAUCUAGUCUCUUGUGCAGUCAGUGCCAUGAAAUAAAGCAUGCUUCAGCUGCUCUACACUGCAAUUCUGGUUGAGGUGGAGUAGUUUGGGACAUUCUAAGAAUACUGGGGUAGCUGUGUGGUGUUUAUUUUAUUUAGGGUGUGAACUGUUGGAAAAUUAUACUUUCCUAUCUGUAGAUUGCUUAGUUUAGUCUACACAUACUAAAGCCAACUGGUUGAGCUACUCUCCUUUAUAAUGGUUGGCUAACAUGGACUUAGAUUGUUAUAGUUUACUGUUUUUGUUCAACUGAUUACCUUGCUUUUAACAAUUUUAACUUUUUCAUUUCUGUUUAUGAAUAUGGUCCAUGUGAUCCAUUGCAGAGUGACUGUAGUGUUCAAAUUGAUCAUUGUUGAAUAGGUUCUAAACAUUAAAGUUUUCAACUCUUAUUUGGGGCUAGGAGCAAUGUUAUUAGUCAUUGCCAGAAAAGUUGAUUGUAUGUAAAUAAAAUAAAAUCCAAAAUUGGGUGUAUUUUUUUUAUAAGCUCUACAACUAAUCUAAUUCUUUUGUCAUUGUGUGAAACAAGAAACUUUGUCGCCAAUAUAAACAAACACAGCAUUUUAAGAAUAGACAGAUACUAGUAUAAUAGGGGAGUAUGAAAAAUGUAAGUAUUAAUAAUAAUUAGUUCUUAUCGUGCUUUUUGUUUUGUGCAAAUGUUACUUUUCUCUCUAAAUCUUUAUCAUAACAUUCAUAUUAAAAACAACCAUAAUAUUAUAUCAUCAAGCA